AUGUCUUCAGAAGAUCUUCAUAUUAGCAUCCCACAAAUCCAAGCCACUGAACUUGCAGCACUCCUACAAGAGGCACCACAUUCUGUCAGAGUCAUUGAUGUUAGAGAUGCCGACUUUGAAGGAGGAAAUAUUAUCGGAUCAACAAAUAUUCCAUAUUUUGAUGAAGAGAAGGCUGUAGAAUUGGUCAAUUCUAUUAUUCAAUAUAAUAGGGAUAGAAUUAUGCAGGCUAGAACAAAGGAUAAAUCCAUUAUUGCUAAACAAUUACUUUCUCAAUUGAGAACUCAAGGUGGAAAUGUUGGAAUUGGAAAGAAUAUUGUUUCUGGUGAAGAUGAGAUGGUUAAAUUGGUUGUUUUUCAUUGUUAUUAUUGUAGAAUGAGAGGUCCAACUGCUGCUAAAUUGUUUCAGGAUAUAUUGAUUAGAGAAACAGCAAAUCUACCUGAAAAUCAAAAUCCCAUUCAAAGAGAUUUAAUUGUUCCAAAAGUUAAAUUCUUGAAGGGAGGUUGGAGUCAAUGGAAGAAGUUGUACAAGAAUGAUGGUAAGCUCACUGAGAAUGCAAAACAAUUACAAAAAUUCAUCAAGGCAGUAAGGAGAGAAUAA